AUGAGUGCAAGGUACCAUAAACAAGACUAGAAAUUCGACAAGGAGUUCUUGGCUAUUGUAGAUGCAUUUGGAGGCAAAAAUUGCACAAGUUGGACUUAGGUAGCAAGGAAAUUUGAAUUAUAAACAGGCGAAAAAGUAUAGAAAGCCAAUACACUUCGAUAUCGUUGGGAAUAAUUAACAGGAUAUUCAGAGAAUUUUACUAAAGAAUAACAAAUUUAACUAAUAGAAAGUGAUAUUAAAUCAAGAGGAGUCAAAAGAUAAGGGUUAAAUGAUUUCUAUUAAUUAACAGGAAUUAAGUAUUUAAAUAUAAAUUGAUUUUUAGAUUAUAUAAGGGAAGAUUUUGUAGAAUAUCUUCAUAACAUAUAAAAUAAGCAAUUCAAUCAAUUGAUGAAGUAUUUGCAAAGGAAAGGAAACAUAGAAGAUGUGGAAAAAAAGAUGCAGAAUUUAGAUUAAAAUUAUCACAUUUAAGCAUUUAUAUAUUAUUAAGAGCUAAGGAUACUUUGACUUCUGAAGGAUUUAAAUAGAAAAAUAAAGGAUUAGAUCCAUUUGAAUAAUAUCUUUGUUAAUAAUUAAUAGAAGCAUCAGACAUUUGUGAAAGAUUAUAUUUAAUGCAUGCUCGUGUAUUUUAAGCAGAUAGAGUGGAUAGAUAUUAAUCAUAUAUGAAAGUAAUCAACAGAAAUUAAUACAGAAAGUUAAUGUUUUAUAUAGAAUACUUAGAUAUUCUAAGAAAAAUUAGUGUUGAAUAAUGUACUAAUGAUACUAUUGUAUCUCAUCCUUUGGUACUCAGAAAUAUUAAAAAGAAUAAGGAAACAUUAGUAUAUAAGAAUCUAAUUUUGGAAAAUGAUUGGAGUUAAAAAUAUUAAUGGUUUAAUGAAUGUACAUUAACAUAAAUAUAAGAAGAAGAGUUUUCAUUAUUACUUAAAUCUAGUAAUAGAAAAUCUAAAUAAAAAAGUUCAUAAUGUAGUGUUGAUCCUUCAGAAGUAGAUGAUUAAAGAUAAAAUAAAAGAAUUGAACUCAAUAAUUUAUAAUUUGAUUUCAUUCCUAAACAUUGCUAAAAGGUUUAUGCAAAAAUCAAUUCUGGUAAAGCUAAUAAUAAAACUGAAAAAGAAUACAGAAAAUUCAGAGGUCAUUUUAUUAAACCUGGAGAUACCAGAACAGAUACUAGAUAUACUAAGAUUUUCACUUGUGAUGAUGAUUCUGAGUAUGAUGCUGAUCAGAAUGAAUAAGAAGCUCAAAUAUAGGCUUCUUCUAGGUAAGAAAAAUUAUAAAUAUUAUAUAAUGAAGCUUUCAUAUCAGUUCCAAAUAAGAAGAAAUAAAAUUAGAAUAUCUAAGACAUAACAUAGAAUAAUUCUUGA